GGCUCGACUACUCCUGCAUCACCUCGACGCCGGAGCCCUCGCUGGCACCAGGCGCCCGUUCCGGUGCAGUGGUUGGAGCCAAGGCCUAGGGAGUUUUUCAUCGGUGUGCGAUGCGCCAGGCAUUACGUAUGUCACGCGCGAGGCGGACAGACCCGAUCGUGGCAGACUACUGUAUGAUAUGGCGGCGGGAGCGGGAUCACUUCCUCCAGCUCACCACCAAUCAGCCCGUGGAGAACCAGAGCCAUCGUGAACGGCUGGCGUCGACGCCCAGCCUCAUUGAGCAUUGCCGCGGCGAACCACGUCUGCCUCCAUCGUUGGGUGAUCCAACAGGCAUCACGAAGCUCAUCUACUAUGUGCAUGGUUGGGAUGAGGUUGUCCUUGGCCGAAGGUAUGUGCACUGCCUGUCUCGACAGGGCAUGGGCUUCAAGAGGAAGGGCCAGCUGCUGGCCCGACCCCACGGCCCCAUGGGCGGCGAGCGAGCGCAGACAAACAGGAGCCAGAGGUUUGGAAAUAGUGACGGCUUUGAGAGCCUGGGUCGACUGGGGUUAGGAUUGAUGACAUAUGCGACCAUCGUGUGAGUGGCUCGGUCCUGGCUAGGAUGAGGUGACGUUGCCACGCCCGUCGAGGGAUUGGUUGUCUCCUGGUGGGCGGUCACGAGCUGGCGAGGAAAUGAAACUUGAAGAGCAGCGAAAUUAGCUGGGUAUGGGGGCGGUUGCAACACGAACAGGGCUACGCAGAACUCGGCGACGGGUGGCUUAACAUUUCACAUCAAGGCAUGGAGGACCUAGGAGUUUCUCCAGCCGCAGUAUUCGGCGUCAACACUCGAAAGCCACGCUGGGCGGGACGGGGCGUGUUUGGCAUUGCUUGCCGCAGGCCUAGACACUGCUAACUAAGAAUAAGACUUGGACCCAUUUUCUGUCGGGUCCAAGCCCG